CACGAACACUGGAAGUGGGAUUGGGUCCAAAUGUUUUUACUGCUUAAUUUUUAUAAUUAGAACAUAUUUAUUUAUUGUGUUUACAAAUUUUAAAUCAAUUAAUCAUUCUUAAAAAUAAUUAUAUAAGAUGGCAGCUCAAGUAGAAAACCAAGAUUCAGAAUUAUUGGAUAUGGAGAAAUACUAUGAAAAUUAUAUACUUAUUGAUAUUGGUGCUAAUUUAACUAAUAAAAAGUAUGGUAGAGAUUUAGAUUCUGUUGUACAAAGGGCUAAAGAUUCGGGAGUUAGAAAAAUUAUGGUAACAGGGACAUCAGUAAAAGCCAGCAAGGAAGCCUUAAGGUUAACUAGAAUAUAUCCAGAUACUCUAUACUCUACAGCAGGGAUACAUCCACAUGAUGCCAAAUCGUAUACAGAUGAAUCUUGGGAUGAAUUAAGGCUAAUAGCUAGCAAUGCAGAAUGUGUAGCUGUAGGAGAAUGUGGAUUGGACUACAACAGGAAUUUCUCAGAUCCAGAAGAUCAAAAACUAGUAUUCAGAAAACAUAUUGAAUUAGCUAUCGAAAUAAACAAACCUGUAUUUGUUCACGAACGAGAUGCUCACGAUGACUUAUUGAAAGUUUUAGACGAAUUUAGCGCCAAACUACCUCCAGUUGUGAUACAUUGCUUUACCGGUACUUUAGAGCAAGCCCUAGCGUAUCUAGAUAAAGGGUUUUACAUAGGAUUAACAGGCUACCUAUGUAAAGACAAAUCAGAUGUUGGGGUACGAAAGCUCUUAGAAUCCGGUUCUUUGCCUUUAGAUCGACUAGUAGUUGAAACAGAUUCACCUUUUAUGUAUCCUAAUACACGUGCUUCGAAAUUGCCAGAUCAUGUUAAAGACAGCUUAACGGAGAGAUCGAUGAUGUUCCUCCAUCGCUACUGCACUUUCCAACGAAACGAACCUUGUUCACUACCUGCAAUUGUCGAAAUGAUAGCAGCUUUUAUGAAAAAGAAGCCCGAAGAGGUUGCUCUAGCGACUUCAUUUAAUUCGAUGAAAUUGUUUGGCCUAUCGUAACUGUCUCAACGAAAGCCAAUAUAAACCUUAUUUAUGUUGUGCUGAAAAUUUUAUAUUCAGCCCUAUUUCAAAGUUACUUUUAUUGGAAUGACAUUUUUGCAACUCGUCAACAAAACGUACAACCAAAUUUUCAUAAAUGUGUACUAUAAAAUUUGACUGGAAUAAGGCUGACUAGUUGUUAAUGUUGAUAAAAUGAAUUGUUGCCAUUAUAUAUUUUUCUUGCUAUUUUAAGGAUAUAUUUAUACAGAGAUAUAUUUUUAUUAUAUAUUAGAUAGUAAUAUUGUAUUUUUUGUGCAAUUUUAUGUGUAUUUUUUACACAGUGUUGCUUGCUUAUAUAUCUAGGAUCGGCAGACCAAAUAUGUAUCUUAUAAACUGAUAAAGUUUUAAGGAACCUGAAAUUAACCUUCCAGCGGGCGCGCCCUUUAGUUUUACAUGAGAAGACGCGUGUCGUAAAUUUACGUCAUUUUGUAAAUAAUGUGUUCUUUAAAUAACGUUGGGAAAUUGUUACCAGGAUAUAAAAAAUUAUAUUUUACGAUAUUUUAAACUAAUAUUUUUUAUAAUUGAUGGAUUCGACCGUUACUUGAUGGAAGUUCAUUUUAUCUAACAAUAAAACACUGAAAACGUUUGUUUUCUAUACUUUCACAAAAUUUAUUACAACUAUGUGACUACAGCUGUUUCGGCAGAGUGCCUUUGUCAAGUGAUUUAGAUUACUAUGGGUUUGCCUUUUUAAAGUCUAUAACUGAAGAGGUUGAGGGGUGGGGAGCUGUUUUUCUCGAGUUGGUCAUUCAGAAUUAUAUCUUUAUUUUUCAAUUUAUUAAUUUUCAUAGAUUCUAAUAAAGAUAGCUUAAGGCCUUUAUUUUGAAUAUGCAGAAUUUGAAACUGUUCAUUAAAAGAAUGAUUAUGAUCUAGAAGGUGAAGUGCGUAUGUAGAAGUGUCUGUUUUUCUAUUGUUGAAAGCCCUUUUGUGUUCUGCUAUCCGUUUGUCAAAGGUUCUGCCAGUUUGACCGAUAUAAAUUUUCGGACAGUCACCACAAGUUAGUUUGUAAACACCACUCUGCAGUUGUUUUCUCUUUCGGCCCUUAUUGUUCUUAAUAUAUUUGCUUAAGUUGUUGUUAGUUCUGUUAGCUGGUGUUAUUCCUUUCUUUUUUAUGUAUCUGGCUAUCUUUGUUGUUAUCUUGCCAGUAUAUGUGAUAGAGCAGAAGGUACUGGGUUCUUUCUGUGGUGGUGGAUAGACUAAUUUCAGGGCUUUCUUAUGGAGUUUUUGGUUUAAAAUGUUGUUAAUUGUUUGUUCGUUAUAGCCAUUGUUUACUGCUAUUUGUUUAAUGAUGUUCAGUUAUAUCUGUUCUGUCAAAAAAUAACUUCGAGAUCUACUAAAAUAGUAGAUCAGAUGUAGGAAAAAGAAUAGUAAAGGCACAACAUGCAUAUAACUCAUUAAAGAAAAUCUGGAACACACGCGAUAUAUUAGAAUUAACCAAAAUCAAAAUAUUUAACAGCUGUAUUAAGAGUAUAUUAUUGUAGAGCGCAGAAUCUUGGAGACAGGAAGAGACAACUACUAAAAAAUUACAAACCUUUAUAAAUAAAUCGUUGAGAAAAAUCCUGAAAAUAUACUGGCCGAAUAAAAUAACAAACAUAGAUCUACGGAGAAGAACAAAACAAGAGAAAAUAACAGUCACGAAGAAGGAAAUGGAAAUGGAUUGGACAUACUCUAAGGAAGGACCGAAAUAAUAUAACCAGACAAGCACUCGAAUACCAAACAGACGGAAGAAGAUGAAGAGGAAGGCCCGAUAAUAGCUGAAGAAGAACUGUAACAAGAGAUCAUGAAAGAAUUGAUCUGAGAUGUAGAGAAGUCAAACACACAGAGAGAGAGAGAGAGAGAGAGAGAGAGAGAGAGAGAGAGAGAGAGAGAGAGAGAGAAAUACAGAGGAAUGGAAAAGACUUGCAGAGGAAAUCUCGAAAGAAUUAAACAGAAGAGGAUGCGCAGAUCCAGCCAAUCAGUCAUCUUUCACUUUUGGCUAAGAAACGUAAGAGCGCCUAAUACUCCAUGAGGAGACUAUGAGUCAGAAUCAACAUUCUCAUCCCUACAAUAACUGCAAACCACCUUAAUGGCAGAAUGUUUCUUGCAUGUAAAUGACUGAGAACGGCAACACUUCAUUGAGGCUGAGGAUUUUUUCUUCUCCAUUACCCAUUGCCGGCAUAUACCGCGCUUUAGAGGAUUUCUAUUUGGUUCUUCUUCGGUAGAUUCAACCUUCCGACCAUGUGACCAGGCGCGGAUCUAGAAAUUCAUAAUAGGGGGGGGGGGGCAGACUUACCUCAAAUACAGCGAUGCCACAGCUACCGAAUACCUGUCAGCGUCAUCUGGCAAUUGAAAGAUAAAGUUUUUCAAUCCUAAUAGCAACAUCAAUAAUAUUGAAAAAUAUUAAAAAUAUUACUAAAAGAUUUUUAAAUUGAAAACUUAUUGGUACAUUUCCCUGGUGACACCUCCAAGGCUUCUACAAUUUACAAGCCAAAUGGAUGCUGCAUUGAAGACAAAAGGGAAGGAAUUCUACACUAUGCAAUUCACAACCCCCGUCUUCCGACGUCUUCCAAAAUCCAUUUGGCUUGUAAAUUGUAGAAUCCUUGGAGGUGUCACCAGGGAAAUGUACCAAUAAGUUUUCAAUUUAAAAAUCUUUUAGUAAUAUUUUUAAUAUUUUUCAAUAUUAUUGAUGUUGCUAUUAGGAUUGAAAAACUUUAUCUUUCAAUUGCCAGAUGACGCUAGUCACCUAAUCCAUUCACGUCAGUUGCAGUGUGGGACUAAUAUGUGUCGAAAAAUUUACUGGAUUAGAGAAAGCAACCUAUGCAUUCUCUGAAGAGCCUCUAACAAGAGGUGAAAUCGUCGAUAAGAGUGCUGGUUGCGCUCUCUAAUCUAAGUAAAAAUUAAGACAUUUUUGGCCUCGCAUUGCAACUUAUAUACUUAUAGACUAAAUACAAUAGGAGGGUCCAUGGACCCGUUGACCCCCCUGUAUCCGCGCCCGCAUGUGACCUUAAGUGAGGAAAGCACUUAAAUAUUGAGCUAAAUGUCUUAAGGUUUGAUCUGAAGAUCUCUUUUGUUAGGCUUAAUACCACAUUUUUCAGGAAAACUCUCCGAUAUUUAGGAGCCUCGGCAGGACAGGCCAAUUUGUAUAAGAUUUGAGCAUUUUUACCUUCCACUAUUUAUCAGAUUGUAGAAAGUUACACACGGUCAUAUCUUUGUUAUCCUAGAGGCCGAGUAAGCGGCUCACAUUUUGUGUACAGUCUUUACUCCACCUUUCGUUUCAUUGUAAUUUAGUAUCACUUGAGGCUUUUUAGUGCCGGGAUCCAUUUUUCAGGAUGUCGAUAUCAAACGUCUGUACGUACAUCCAAUAAAUUGUGAAUUUAGGAACAUACUGAACCUCACAAAUUCAGAACCUCGACACGAUAGACUCUGUGAUAUGAAGGGGAGGGGGUCCGAUCACGUGUUUUUGUCGUAAAAUUUACGACAGCGCGUCCGCUCGAAGUUUAAUAUAGAAAAACAUAUCGUACAUACUAGGAAUUUGAAACUGUUGAAUUUUUAUGAGAGUCUAGAUACAAUCUAUGAACACAAUUGCAGUUAACCCAUUCGCUGCCUAUCAAAGAGAAUGGAACUCGACUAGAAGUCAUUCUGUUGAACGGCACCUGACUGAAGUAACCAUAUGCAACAUCGGCAGCAAAUGGGUUAAUAAAAAAAUAUAUUGUUCCUUUUGAUUGACUGCAACUUUAUGUAAAAGCUGCUUUAAGAUUUUUAAUUAUGUAAAACGUGCGUUUUUCCUUCAUGCUUUUAUGUAAAUGUCAACCUAGAUAUAUUUUAAGGUAUUACGUUACAUGUGCAUUUUAAAAUUAUAAAUUAAUAUUUAAAAGCAAUUGGGCUCAAAAAAUGUAUUGUCAUAAAAGCUAUUUAAAUACGUUUAAAGACAAAAUAUAGCAAUUAAUGAUGAUUACAGUUAGACGAAGCAACGAAGCACUAAAAAGCCCAAAACCUAGGAAUUUUGUGCAGUAAGAUGAAUCGUCAUGCAACUUUUUGCAUUCAGUUCGAGAGAGUGUCAGGCAAUUUUGUGAACUAAAUUGAUCUCCGGCAAAAAAAUUUGUGCACGAGAAAAUGCAUUUUCAAAGUGCAUCUCGAAGAGAUGGAAAAUGAAAAAUUUAGAACUCAGGAAAUAUUGACGGAAAUGAGUUCAAUUUUUAUAUUUGGGGGGUUUUGGAAGUCAGUGAACACAAAUUUCAUGACGGCGAUGGUCUUCGAGGUACCUGGUACCCAAGGUGGAGCUCGUCGCCUGGAACGAUCAAAUAAUUCGCGAAAUGAAGAUUGGAUCGAAAAACUGAAAAAUACGCGUUUAAUAUUUUUCAAAAAUCUAUCGAAUGACACUAAAGACGACCCCCCACUCCAUCCCCUGGAGGUGGGGUAAGAGUAACUUUAAAAUCUUAAACGGAAACGCUCAUUUGUUAUUACAGAUUUGGAUUGCUUACCUAAAAAUAAGCAACUUUUAUUCGAGAAAUUUUUUCGAAUUGUGGAUAGAUAUGAUGGAUACGAUAGGUAAAUUAUAGAAACGGUCUAAUAUCUCGAAAAAUACACUUCCAAAUAAAAGACCAAAAAAUACGUAUUUAAUAUUUUUCUAGAACCUAUCGAAUAACAUGAAACACGACUCUCCACUCCAUCCCCUGGAGGUGGGGUGGGGGUUAACUUUAAAAUCUUAAAUAGGAAUCUUCAUGUUUUAUUGCAGAUUUGGAUUUCUCAUGAAAAAAUAAGUAAUAUUUAUUCGAAACAUUUUUUAGAAUCGUUAAUAGAUGGCGCUAAUAAAUAGUGUUUUUCCGAUUAUAGCGCCAUCUAUCUAUAAUUCGAAAAAAUGUCUCGAAUAAAAGUUACUUAUUUUUACGUAAGGAAUCCAAAUCUGCAAUAAAAAAUGGGGGCUCCUAUUUAAGAUUUUAAAGUUACACCCCACCCCACCUCCAAGGGGUGGAGUGGAGGGUCGUGUUUUAUGUUAUUCGAUAGGUUCUUAAAAAAUAUAUAAGACGUAUUUUUUGGUUUUUUAUUUGAAAGUGUAUUUCUCGAGAUAUUAGACCGUUUCUAUAAUUUACCUAUAGCGCCAUCUAUCCACAAUUCUAAAAAUGUCUCGAACAAGAGUUGCUUACUUUUACGUAAGCAAUCAAAAUUUGCAAUAACAAAUGGGGUUUCUAUUUAAGAUUUUAAAGUUACCCCCACCCCACCUCCAGUAAGUGGAGUGGGGUGCUCGUGUUUAGUGUCAUUCGAUAGAUUUUUGAAAAAUAUUGAACACUUAUUUUUCAAUUUUUCGAUCCAAUCUUCAUUUCGCGAAUUAUUCGAUCGUCCCGCGAAUUAUUCGGUUGUCCCAGGCGACGAGUUUCUCCCUGGGCACCAGGUACCUUGGAGACCAUCGCCGUCAUGAAAUUCGUGUUCAGUUACCUCCAAAACCCCCAAGUAUACAAAUUGAACUCAUUUCCGUCAAUAUUUUUUGAGUCCUAAAUUUUUUAUUUUCCAUCUCUUCGAGAUGCACCUUAAAGAUGGUUUUUCUCAUGCACAAAAAUUUUUGCCGGAGAUCAAUUUAGUUCACAAAAUUGUCUGACACUCUCACGAAUCGAAUGCAAAAAGUUGCAUGACGAUUCAUCUUACUGCACAAAAUUCCUAGGUUUAAUGCUUCGUUGCCUCGUCUAAGUGAUCAGUUAUCGGGUUUCAUAGGUAUCUUAGGUAAGCCAUUAUUUGACCAAUGCAUUCUUCCUAUUAUGACAUACGGAGCAGAAACUCUCAUACUGACAAAAACAACAGCACUAAAAAUGCGAGUGGCACAAAGGCGCAUGGAAAGAUUGAUUCUCGGCGAGACAAAAAAGACAAAAUAAGGAACCAAGACCUAAGGAAAAGAACAGGUGUCACUGAUGUCGUCGAACGUAUAGCCAAGCUGAAACUGAAUUGGGUAGGUCACGUAGCGAGACUAAAAGACUCAAGAUGGACCAGAAAACUAAUUUGACUGGCGCCCAAGAGAAGACAAACGCAGCAGAGGACGACCAUCAAACCGUAAGGUCUGGCGCAUAUUGAACCUAAGCGAGUCACAACCUGCGCUGGUGGGACCGGUGACCUGUGCAGUUAUUUUUCUAGCGUGGCGCAUAUUGAUCACAAGCCAACCCGACCGUCGACUGUCGCCGUAACGAGUAGAGACGGGCAAAAUAAGUGCAAACGUGUAACGGUUACUAUUGAUACCGGUUCUCAGUGGUACUGAGUACAAAUACUGAUUACAAAAUACUGAUGUAUCUGAUCCUUGUACUGAAUUGAGUAGGCAACUAAAAAACGGUAGUUCCGUACAUGUAACUAGUAACGUUUUAAAAAUAUCUUACACGUCCCUAGUAGUCGUAGCGGUAUGACUUUCGAAAACAUCGAAUUUGAUCAUAAGUGACUGCAGAAAAAGAUAUCUUACACUGAGUAUUCUAUUUCUACAUACCUUUAUAAUAACAAGCAUAAGUUAAACACUGCAUUGAUUGUGAUUGCAAAAACGGUUCGCAUGUUUUAAAUAAGAUUUUUGCCGAUUAUGUUUUUGCUAAAAUAUUAUAUAACACAAAAAAUACAAUUCACAACCAUCAUUUAAUUUUUAACGAUAAACAAAAGUCUAAUAAAUAUAUGAUGCCAAGUUUAAAAUUGAUCGACUUUGUCGAUAACAGUGUCAUUAAUAGAUAUUUUUUACCAUGAAUCAUUUUCCAAUGAUUGUGUGGAUUUAGAAAUACAUACUAAACAAUUUUUUGAUCUGUAUAAAGGAGAUUAUAAUUAUGACACAUUAUGGUACUCCUUAUUUUUCAAAUAAUAUGCUCUUGUAAACGCAUAACUUUGAUUUAUUGGCUAAAGCCACACUAACUACAGAGCCGUGCGGUACAUCUUUUUAAUAUGAUGCAAGUCUUCGAAAUGCCGCCUCUUGCGUAUUACAGAAACUUAACUUUUAUUUUUAUUAAAUGAACAUACACAAAAUGAAGGACAUCUUUUAUUUUAAAAGCAAAACAUACUUUAUAGACCUGGAUCCGGCAAACUGAAAAUUUGUUAGUAGCUUAACGGUGUCUAUUCGGACAAACUUUUAUGUACAGGAACACUGGAACAGGGGAAGGUUUAAUAGUGGAACAGUUUAAAAAUUUGGAACGUCACAUUACGAAAACGUCCCAUGUAUUUUGUCGGACAGAACAAAACAUCGAUUUGUUACCCUUUCAUUAAACUCUCAUGCAAAAAUCAGACUGCUAUUACUAACAAACAUGAUUCCUGUUAUUUGACAUGUUCUUCCUGUUUCACUCAUUAAAAUUCCCAGUUAGUGAUAAACACCAGUCUAAUUUUUCCAUGAGAGUUUAAUGAAAUGGUAACAAAUCAAUUGGAAGUUCUGUCCGAGAAAAUAUAUGGAACGUUUUUGUAGUCUGACGUUCCAAAUUUUUAACCUGUUCCACAAUUAAAACUUCCCCUGUUUCAGUGUUCCCGUACAUCAAAGUUUGUCUGACGAGACACCGUUAAGCUAUUAACAAAUUUUCAGCUUGCUAUUAAUCAACUUUUUGUUGGUACGCGGGAUCCAGGCCUAGAAAUACUAUGUCACAAAUGAUGGCGUAAUCCCUUUUCUAUAGGUAUAAAAAUUUUGUAAAUAUCAUUCAUUUCUUAAAUCUACACAACAUUAUCAUUAAAAAUGAUCCAUUACUAAAAACCGUUAAGCAUAUCUGUGAAUAUCGCAUAACCCUCAAAUAAAAUGUGUCAUCAUACCGGGCUUGUUCAUGCUUAAAAAUAAAAUAUGUAGACAAGAUAUAAAUAUAUGUAAUAGGUAAGCAGUUUUUGCAACGACAAUCCAAUCACAAUCAGUGUUGUUUAUAAUAAUAGUAAUUCCGAACGAGUUCUAUUAGCUUUUCUACGUCCAUCUCGAAAACAAAACCGCAACUUAGAAUUGAGUCAUCCCACGACACCAGAAAACUGUACGCCGAUGACAAACGUUCGCAUGGCUAGACCUGGCACCGUAUUGACUGAUAUUAUGAUGCGCAGAACUCUCUACGCAACUCGCAGGUGCCAGGUUGUGUUCGCUUAGGAUCAAUUUGCGCCGGGACUAAAUGAUUUCAUGUUAAGAUGAUCAAAUUAAAAAUUGCAUAACACCACAAAAAAAUAUCUGUCUUCAGCACUGCUCGCGUUUGAUAUGCAGGGUAGGAACUACAACCGAUAAACAGAUAUAGCAUAUACAUUGCGUUCAGAAAAUAUCCCGACAAACGAAGACCGGAGAGUCCUCAGAUAAUUUUAAGACAAUUGAACUCAAGUCAUCUAGCCCGAAAAUGCUUCCUAAGGGAGCCAAAGCUCUUAGAUGAUGGCGUCUUGUAAUUAGUUUCUUCUAAAUAACUCUAGAACGCUUCUAUUAAGAAAAACGAAAACUGGUACGCCUAUUUACAUACCAGUGUAAUAUUAAGCGUUUUUCCAGCCAUUUUUCUUGUAUUGUAAGGCUAAGUAAAUGGUAUUUAGGUUCUCUAAUUAUAUGGCCAAAGUAUUCUGAUUUUCUCAUCUUUAUGAUGUUUAUGGGCAGACGUUCUAAAUUCAUCAUUUUAAGGACGAGAGUAGGCUAAGUUGAGCCAAUAAUAGUGAGAGGUAGUUUUGCUCUAUUAUUUUUAAUGCGCUUUAAAUGUUAUUUUCUCCGCUCUCGUCUAAAUCAACAUUAAUUGUUAUAUUUCGUUCAUUUGUUAUAAUACCAAUUUUUAUAGUGCGCACCUAUUUGUGAGCACUAAAAUGUGAACCAAUUUUAAUAGAAAGACACUAUAUUCUUGCUGUACUGUUCCUCAAAAACUUGCCUUAGGUUAAGUCGCUUGGGUAAAUCAAGAUCUUACUUGGUAAUAAUAACUGAGUCUAGUAUCUUACGCAAUGAAAUUUAGUUUUUAAUAAAAACGAUGUUAUCAUAAAAUAGUUUUAAUAUUUUUCUAAAGAACAAAAUAUGGAAGAUUUUAAAUAAAAAUAUUUUGUGCAAAA